GACACACAACACAGUUCCUUCUGAUUGGCGGAAUCACAAACAAUCUAAACAAGCCCGCCUCUCGUGAUCCUCACAUCCUUCACUUUACCCGGCACUCUCUCCACCAGUUUGGAUAACUCAAGUGGUUUCUUCAAGAUUGGUCCUCUGCUCAGCUGCUCCUUAUUAACAAACCGUACUCCUACUAGAUACGAAGGGACAUUCUCAUCACUGUAAACCACUUUGCUCCGUUUUCCAUUCUUUUGAACAAUACUCAAAUUCUCCCGCCACUGGAUUCAGAUUCCACUUCAUAACCCGCUUCCGCCAUCUUCCGUCCACACACAGCUACAGUCAGAUACUUAUCCUUUGGUUAAAUAUUAAACUGUAGCUUCUGUUGACCUCUCGUCAUAAUGUCACUACAUAGACCGUAUAUAUAAAGCUUCACACAAACGAGGGAAAGGUUUCCAUUCAGUGUCUGGAGAAGAUGGCGGCGACGUGUUCAAUAUUGCCCAGGGGCCAACUACUGUACAGGAAUGCAGUCAAGUUGCAGGUCACAAGGUAAAGUGAAACUGUUGGAAGUUUUAAAUGCUUACAUUUACUCGCAUCUUUGAUCAACAAUUGUACUUAACCUAAUCUUACAAAGCGCAAUUAAAUACUUUGAGAAUGUGAACCACAAUUAUCUAAACUAGGUCGCUUUGAAUCGUAGACUAAUUAUGAAAGGGACGAUAUAUCCAACAAUAACUGGCUGCUAAAUGUGUACGUUAUGUUCAAUUGUUGGUCAAAUGAUGAAGGUUCAACGAUUGAAAGGAGGAUACAUCCUGAUUAAUGAUGAGAAAGUUGCACUAACUGAGUCUACUAGCCUACUUUAAUAAUUUGCUAGGCAACUGAACUUUGACCCAUUUCAAAUGGGAUCUACUGUGUGGUGUUAUCACUUUUCCAAUGCUGACACAAUCUAACUAAACCCUUUGACAACAUGGCAACUGAAUAAAACAAGCAACAACUACUCGAUCCUUUCCUCUGACUGCAAACUCAUGUCAGCGUGCAAUAUUCUAUAUUUAAGCAAUAAGGCCCGAGGAGGUGUGGUAUAUGGGCAAUAUACCACAGCUAAGGGCUGUUCUUAGUCAUGAUGCAACACAGAGUGCCUGGACACAGCCCUUAGCCGUGGUAUAUUGGCCAUAUGUCACAAACCCCCUGAGGUGCCUUAUUGCUAUUAUAAACUGGUUACCAACGUAAUUAGAGCAGGACAAAUAAAUGUUCUCAUUCAACUGACCAGACUAACAUAAAUGGCUAUUGACCACACUCAUACCCAGGGUGUAGGCUACUCAUCAUAGCGUGAUAACUGCAGUGCCACCAGUGGACUCACUUAGAUUUCAUGGCCCAUACUGAUCAGACAUUUUUUUCUACUGUAUAUCAAUGCCAAGUUGCCUGAUCCUGCAAAAAGUCUAAAUUCUUUUGAUUCUUUAAAUUCACUCCAAAAAUGUUUUUGUGUAGGAGGUUUUCAGAUAAAGGAUGGUUCCAGUCUAUGUUUGUGCACAAAGUGGAGGCCAGGAAAGAUGCCCACUCCAACCUGCUGUCGAAGAGUGAGACCAGCGACCUCUACAAAAUGCAGUGUAUGUAAUAAUAUAUGAUAUCCUCCUGCAGCAACACAUCUAUUUACUCUUCUAGAGGAGGGGUUGAGGUUCAAUAAUAAACUAAAUGUGAUACAAAUACAGCAAAUUAUAUUGAAUUGGAUUCAUUUGCCUUGUACACGGCAUAGCCUCUGUGUGACAUUUUAUCGUUCCGUCUCUGUGGAAAACUGUGAAAGGAUCAUCAUAAUUUAAUGCAUAUAUUGCACCAAGGGACCUACAGGAAGAUGCAUGCAGCACUGGGGCUAAAUAAAGUGAGAAUGUGUAAUUACAUGGUAUCAUUACAAUGCUAUCAUGUUUUUUUGUUGUGACAAAAAUGUCAUUAGAAAUGUCUAGUUCUCAUCACAUAAUUUAACUUUGAUAGUUUGUCCUUUGACUUGUCUAUACAGCAGGGAAAUUGAGUUAGAAAGACCAUUACAACCAGCAGGGAAAUUGAUUUAGAAAGACCAUUACAACCAGCAGGGAAAUUGGGUUAGAAAGACCAUUACAACCAGCAGGGAAAUUGAGUUAGAAAGACCAUUACAACCAGCAGGGAAAUUGGGUUAGAAAGACCAUUACAACCAGCAGGGAAAUUGAGUUAGAAAGACCAUUACAACCAGCAGGGAAAUUGAGUUAGAAAGACCAUUACAACCAGCAGGGAAAUUGGGUUAGAAAGACCAUUACAACCAGCAGGGAAAUUGGGUUAGGAAGACGAUGAUCCAAAAAUAGUUCAUUUGCAGAAGGAAUAAUGCAUUAGUCCAAUAAUAUGACUGAAGCUGCUGAGUAUGUGAUAUGAUAUUUUCAUUUGUUUAGCCUAAUGUCCACCCACCAAUAUUCACUGGCUAAUUCUGUCCCUUUCUCUCUCAGUUCACAAUGUCAAGCCAGAGUGUCUGGAGGCGUAUAACAAUCUAGAGUGAGUUCAUCUUUCAUUUUUAGUUUUGCUCAUGUGCUGUAAAUGCUAAUUGACAGACUCCUCUUUUGGUCAUUCACAAUAGAUAUUUUCUAGAGAUCUGUGGGGAGGACGGCACAAUCAAUGAAAAUGCAGACAUAUACAGUAUCUGUGAUAUUGUGUCUUUAAACUUUUCCCUGUGAAUUCAGGGCUGAGGUGCAGAGCAAACUCCACUUAGACCAGGACUAUCCCUGUGAGGUUGUGGGGAGCUGGAAUACUUGGUAUGGCGACCAAGACCAAGCUGGUAAGUGGCAGAGACGUCAGUGCAUAACAACAGUGUCAUGAAACCCGAAUCUAAUGUUAUAUAAUAUGAUCUAUUGAUGUAAUCUAAUGUUCUCUGUUAACCCUGAUCUAAUGCUAUCACAUACCCUUUCCUGAAGAUAGGCCUCUUGUACAAUGAUGACACUCACCAGAAGCUUCUAGCUGGCAGGGUGUAAACAGUUUGGCCAAUACAACACUGACCUCUGCUGUCUGUUUGUUGCAGUGCACCUUUGGCGGUAUACAGGUGGCUACCCAGCGUUGACUGAAUGCUUGACCAAAUUGAACAACAAUAAGGUAGGCUGUGUAAACUGUGUUUUUAGCAUAAUAAAAGCAAUUAGAAAGGAUGUUCAGGACAAAUCAGUACCGCAACGUAUCAUUCAAAAUGCAUAUCAAGUUAUAUCAGAUAUUUUUUUAUAAUCCGAUAUUGUUUUAUAUAAAUAUCAGAGUAUACUCAUUGUUUUGGGGGAAAAGCAUGACUCUACUACUGGCUGACGUGUAACAACUAUUCUUCUUUAGUUGACUAAUUCAUACAUUUCAAACAACGUAACUCUUUGAAGGAGUAUAUGCAAUUCAGGAAGGAGAGGAGUAAAAUGCUGGUCUCACGGCGGAACCAGCUUCUUCUAGAGUUCAGUUUCUGGAACGAGCCAACACCCAGAUCGGGACCCAACAUAUAUGAGAUGCGCUCAUACAAACUCAAGGUAAGACACUGAUUUGGACUAGAAACAUGCAAACUGUGGUCAUACAGACUUAAAGGGAUACUACGGGAUUUUAGCAAUGAGGCCCUUUAUCUACUUCCCCAGAGUCAGAUGAACUCAUGGAUACCAUUUUUAUGUAUCUGCAUUCAGUUUGAAGGAAGUUGCUAACUUACGUUAGCGCAAUUGCCAACUAGCGUUAGCACAAUGACUGGAUGGCUAUGGGAACAGCUACCAUGCAGACUUCCAGUCAUUGCUCUAAUGCUAGUUAGCAUUGGUUCAUGAAACUAACUCUAACUUCCUUCAUACUGGACGCAGAUAUAUAAAAAUGGUAUCCACAAGUUAAUCUGAUGCUGGGGAAGUGGAUAAAGGGCUUCAUUGCCAAAAUCCCGAACAAUCCCUUUAAGAGAAGUAAUGCGAUGUCCUAGACAUAAUACGAAAUGCGCUCCUACAAACUCAAGGUAAAACACUGAUUGGGCCAAGAAACAUGUAAACUGUGGUCAUACAAAUUUAAGAUAAAUCAUGCGAUGACCUAGACAUAUGAAUUGCGCUCAUAGAAACUCAAGGUAGGAUACUGCGUGAGGACACCCAGAGAUAUACAAACAGUGGUCCUACAGAACACAAUGGACAUCAUGUACGUACCUAAGAUAAGAUAAAUGUCUACUCUUAAACACAACCAACAUGUCUGGCUUGACUGUGUAUAUAAUGAGUAUGUAGGCCUCCGUCACACUGCAUUGUGUACAGAACUGUAUGUUUUGAUUGCAGCGCCUGCAUGUCUAGUAGUGGAGGCUGCUGAGGGGAGGACGGCUCGUAAUAAUGGCUGGAACGGAGCGAAUAGAAUGGCAUCAAACACAUGGAAACGAUGUAUUUGAUACCAUUCCACCUAAUCCGCUCCAGCCAUUACCACUAGCCCGUCCUCCCCAAUUAUGGUGUCACCAACCUCCUGUGAUGUCUAGGAGUAUGGUAUGUGAAUAGGAUGCUGUUGCAUUCUGUGGGUAAAGGCCACAGGUGGUUAUGAAGUAAACAUUAUUUCCUGUGUUCAUACUUCAGCAUAAUUAUUUCCAGUAGCUAGGUUUCCAUCCAAUUGGCGACAGAUUUUCAUGUGAAUAUUCUAGAAUCCGCAUAAAGAAAAUAUGUGGACGUUUCCACCAAAUGGACUUGUUGAGGAUAACAAUCAGUAUGUGAUGUAGUGCACACAAAAUGUACUUUUUCGUUUUUAAGUUUUUAUGUACCAAAUAUAAAUCUGAAGUUCAAUGUGUUUCCAUCGCAUUUUCAACUUUACUGAUAGUUUUACCACAAAAACAGUUGCGUUAAAUAGCAAAUGUGACUACUCUGGUCUUGGCACCUGCGCUCUAGCCAACAGCUGGCAGGUACAGUGCGGGUAGGCUGUGUGGGUAGGUUAGUCUACAAAUCUACAUGAUGAGAUUAUUAUGGAUAAGAGCGAGAAUAUUAGUAUUUGUCAAAUGUCAGUCAAGCAUCGAUCAUCAUGUCACCAGAAUAAGACCCUUGAUAUUUAUUGGAAAGGAGCAUCAAGCUCAUCACCUUGCACUUUCACCACCCUGUGAAGUUCAUCAUAACUUAUUUCAUCUGUAGCCUAAUAAACUACAUGGUUUACUGAGUUGUAGUGGGAGGACCACACACCAUAUCAUUGUGUGACUCCAAGUUUACUUCAAUAUGAUGGUUGUUAUAUAAAUAUUUGCGCAUAAAGCGUUUCCACCGCAAUUUCCUGCAUAACUAAUUUUACCGACACAAAGAUCCCACCAUGUUGAACGAACAAAUGUAUCUGUUGGCAUUUAUACAUUUACACAAACUUCCUGUUUCCAUCACAGCUGUCGUGAUGAUUAUUAUUUUUGAUACGAUAUGACUUUACUGGCAUAAAAACUGGAUGGAAAUGUGGUUAAUGACGUCAUUGUUUUUCUCUGUCGCCAUCCACUUUUAGCCUGGAACGAUGAUUGAAUGGGGGAAUCAUUGGUAAGACUUCUCAUGAGACUGCAAUAUGUACUUUGUUUGAAAGAAAUGUGCAUGUACCAUAUGCAUCUAAGUUGCAUGUCAUUUUGUAAAUGAUUAUUGCAUUAAAUAAUGCUGGUAUGCAAUAUGUAAUAUCAGUAAAUGUUUCAGUAGAAUGUCAAAUAUGUCCAAUAUUGACUGUAUUCAUGAACUAUCUUGAUAGGGCGCGGGCGAUCAAACACCGACAGGAGAACGAUGAGGCCAUCGGAGGGUUCUUCUCUCAGAUAGGAGACCUGUAUGAAGUUCAUCAUCUGUGGGGUGAGUCAGCUGAUGAUGCCCGUAUACACAACAUUGACACUAUUUUAUCAAAUGAAUCCAAUCAAUGCUGUGUUUUAUGGAAUUAUCCUAUUGAGUUUGUGACCGACAGUUUACUACUAUCAAUACACACACUAUUGUGCAACACGUCGGAUUAUUGUUUAUUCUGUAUGUCAAUGUCUUUUGUACCUGCCCCUAUUUAUAUACCAUGAAUACAUGCAUACUAAAUUAUUUGUUCCAUCUGCAGCCUAUAAAGACCUUCAAUCCAGAGAAGAGACCAGAAACUCUGCCUGGCAGAAGGAGGGAUGGGAUUCUAGUGUCUAUUAUACAGGUAGGAGAGAACACAUGCAAAACACACACACACAUAAAGACAUCAAAUCUAAACCUCUCUGGCAAUGCAUUGUGAUUUUUGUCUUCAACCAUGAGAGGUUUCAGAAUAAUGAUGUUUUUCAUUUGCAUCAAACUCUCAGUACUUCACUAUGUUUGUAAGUCUAAAUGAAUUGUCAUCUGUGAAUACUGAUCAUUUCAGAUCAUUUCAUGAUAACCGUGUAUUACUCUGUCUUGACAUAAAAUAUAGCCUGAUGUCUUUUUAUCAAUGUUUCUCAACUCUGGUCCUCAGUUACCCCCAACAGUACACCACAUGAGGUUGGUGGCACCUUAAUUGGGGAGGACGGGCUCGUGGUAAUGGCUGGAGCAGAUUAAGUGGAAUGGUAUCAAAUACAUCAAACACAUGGUUUCCAUAUGUUUGAUGCCAUUCCAUUUGCUCAGUUCCAGCCAUUAUUAUAAGCCAGCCUCCACUGCAGUACACGUUUUAAAAUUGUAUCCCUGGAGAAACACACCUGAUAGACUCAUGGAGGGCUUGAUGAUUAGUUUACAAGUUGAAUCAGGUGAGCUUGUCCGAGGCUACAAUAAAAAUGUGUACUGUUGAGGGUAGUCCCCUGUAGUUCAGUUGGUAGAGCAUGGCGCUUGCAACGCCAGGGUUGUAGGUUCGUUUCCCACGGGGGGCCAGUAUGAAAAAUGUAUGCACUAACUGUAAGUCGCUCUGGAUAAGAGCGUCUGCUAAAUGACUAAAAUGUGAAUGUAAAUGUACUCACGGAUUGGAGUUGAGAAACACGGUUUUAGAUGUUGAGAAACAGAGCUUGAUGUUGAGCUCCUAACAUGUCUCUUUGUCACAUCUCUCCUCUCCUAGUGCCUUUGAUCAGGAGCAUGGAGUCCAGGAUUAUGAUUCCCACAAAGAGUUCACCUCUGCAAUAACCAGAUUCAGUCAAGCGCCCUUUCUGGAAGACCAAAGCGAGAACAGAUUAUGUGCAUUUUUCCUUCUCUCGCUCUCUCACUCUCUCGCUUGCUCUCUUCUCUUUUGUUGUAGGUGCAGAUAAUUUAGGCCUACAUGUAAAGCUUGAAUCUAUGAACUGUGGUAGAUGGGAACUUUUGAUGAAGACUAAUGUUUUGGUGCACCGGCAAGCCCUCAGUUUGAAGACUGCAUUCAACAUAGAAUCCAGUUACCACCUUUGCUACCCCAUGGUGAAUAGGGGAGAGAUGUUUUAUUUAACCUAAAUAGGUAGAUCAAUUAUAUUUCAGGUGAAUUAUGUGCCAAACAAGAGGAAGGAAAUCUUCAAUGACUUCAAUCAGGUAUGAAGUAGCUAUAAGACGGUGAAUGAAAUAGCUAUGAUAGGGAAAUUAACUUGUUGCUACUGUAUUAUGCAUCUUGAGUGUGUUAACAUACAGAAGUAAGAAAUGCCUACUCAGUGAACAUGUAAAAGUAUAUGCCAUAUCUCAGUUAUAAGAAACCUAUAGGUCAAUGUAAGCAAAUGUGAGUCUUCCAUUGUCAACCAUCUGAAGAAGCAAAUCAAUAGAAGUUAAUAGAUGGCAUCUUUGAACUGAGAAACGUGGAUUAUUAAAUGUUAUGUAAUAUUUUUCUCUGUCUCAUUGAUUGUGUUUUAUCAUCUUGUGAUAAAUAGUUUUCAUGUUAAUCUAUUGAUGAACAUUUGUUUUUGUUAUAC